AUGACGACAGCUGAGCAAGUACCUUCAACGGACCCCGCGACAGUUUCUGCAGGUGCGCCUGAAUCAAACAUCCUCCGAAGCUUAUUGUCGUCAACUUCCAACAUUGCCACCCCGUCUUCUUCUGCAACGACGGCUGAGCGAGUACCUUCAACGGCAAGCGCGCCUGAAUCAAGCAUCCUUCGAAGCUUAUUGUCAUCAACCUCCUACAUUGCCACCCCGUCUUCUUCUGCAACGACGGCUGAGCGAGUACCUUCAACGGACCCCUCCACACUUUCUGUGCACGGAAUGGCAGCAAGCGAGCCUGAAUCAUCUAUCGCUCGAAGAGUAUUGCCACCAACUUCCAACAUUGCCACCCCGUCUUCUUCUGCGACGACGGCUGAGCGAGUACCUUCAGCGGACCCCUCGAGAGUUUCUGUGCACGGAAUGGCAGCAAGCGAGCCUCAAUCAUCUACGGUUCGGAACCUAUUGUCAUCAACGUCCGACAUUGCCUCCCCGCCUUCUUCUGGGACGACAGUUGAGGGUUUGCCGCAGGGAUGGCGGCUAUCUGCACAGGCGGAGUCUGCAACCGAAAACCUCGAAGCUUCGUUUAAAUGGGUUAAAGAAGUCCUUGGCGGGGUUUCCGAUGAAGUCCUCUUAACUCAUCCAUUUUACCGUAACCCGGGGGUGCAGCUAAGGUUCAGCAAGAGGACAUUCAACCAAGAUGCGGUGGAGUGGUUCCGAACUCGGAAACAAACAUCACUCCUGUUGCUUUUGAAAUGCAGGUACCUAAUGAAGAAACCAUCCCUGACCACCAGGGAGGUUGAAUCGCUUUUGACCUGCACGGAGCGCCUGUGCGGAUAUGCAACCACCGUCAUGCCGAACGAUUACACGGUACAAUCUGCCAUUGCAACAUGGGGAAAGGUGUUUAUUGUUCUCGACGCUCUACACUGCGCAGCAGAAGUGCUUGGGAGGAGUUCCAGGAGAGAUGUGUGGUGGCCGAGAGUAGUACGUCACCUUCGAGAUGCACGAUAUUUUGACGGUCCCAGCGCACAAAUCGUUGAGAAGACGAGUUGGGGUUCUUGCAUCUUAAACGGUCUGAGCGCUGCGCUAGACUAUUACAGGUUGGGACAUAGGCCGCCUCCGCGCCUCGUGGUCAGCUUAAAAUUGGCCCUUUUUCUAUUACCCGUGCAAACGGACUUCCGGAAGAAGAAGUGGGACCCUUGGAGAGAAGACGCCGCAGAAUGGCUCGAGUCAGCCAAGCCAAGUAGACAGCAAAGCAAGCAGUAA